UCUUUUGCUUUUACUAUAUUUUUUUCGAUAAGGGGCGUGCGCUGGUCGCACUCCGGUAAACAAACUAGAAAUGUUUUUGAAAAACAAUAGUUUGCCAAAAAAUGUUUGGGAAUUUAAGUAAAUUAAAAAUCAAAUCCUCUAAUCUCUAACUUCUUAUUUCAUCUUACUUAAGCCAUGCUGUUACGUUUGUGUAAGAGUGAUGCCAUCAGCACUACAAUUAUACUUAGUAGCAAUGCAAAGCACAUCCUGCAUUGCAUGUUAUUCUUAACUCUUCUGUUUGUGUUUGAGAUUUUUGCUGGUGGCAUAUGUCUCUGGUCCUGUGAUACUGAAUACAUCGACCCAUUUGAGAAAUAUGGUUAUAUUCCUGCUAUUCUGUUAUAUUUAUUGAGAUUUUUGACUUUCCUUGCCCUCCCACAGUGCAUCUGUAAUUGUUUAGGCUUGCUUUGUUUUAAUGCUUUUCCUGAUAAGGUACAGUUGAAAGGGUCCCCACUUUUAGCCCCGUUUAUCUGCAUCAGAGUCGUCACGAGAGGCGAUUUCCCGGAACUGGUGAAGAAUAAUGUGAACCGCAACAUGAACACCUGUCUAGAUGUUGGCCUGGAGAAUUUUUUGUUUGAAGUUGUCACCGAUAAACCUUUGUGUCUUCCUAGGCAUCCUAGGAUUCGGGAGAUUGUUGUACCAUCUACUUACAGAACAAAAACUGGAGCCCUUUUCAAGGCCAGAGCUCUACAGUAUUGUUUAGAGGAUGAUGUGAAUGUUUUGAGUGAUUAUGAUUGGAUUGUCCAUCUUGAUGAGGAGACCAUCAUCACCGAAAAUUCUUUAAAAGGCAUUAUCAACUUCGUUCUGGAUGGGAAGUAUCAGUUUGGUCAAGGAAUGAUUACUUAUGCUAACGAGAAGGUCGUGAAUUGGAUGACAACCCUUGCAGACAGCUUUCGUGUGGCUGAUGACAUGGGGAAGUUGAGAUUUCAGUUUCAAAUCUUCCAUAGGCCACUGUUCAGUUGGAAAGGCUCUUACGUCGUCACUCAGGCUGGGGCUGAGAGGAAAGUCUCGUUCGAUCACGGUCUCGAUGGUUCCGUUGCGGAAGAUUGCUAUUUCAGCAUGGUAGCUUACAAAGAAGGAUACACCUUCAAUUUCAUUGAAGGAGAGAUGUGGGAAAAGAGCCCUUUCACAUUGUGGGAUUUCCUUCAACAGAGAAAGAGAUGGCUGCAAGGAAUUUUCUUGGUGGUCCACAGUGCUGCUAUACCUUUCCGGAAUAAAGUGUUCCUCGCAUGCGCUUUAUAUUCUUGGGCAACUAUACCACUCAGCACAUCCAAUAUCAUUUUGGCAGGGCUGUGUCCAAUACCAUGUUGGCAGAUCAUAAAUUUCCUUUGUGCUUUUGUUGGAGCCAUGAACAUCUACAUGUACAUAUUUGGAGUGAUCAAGUCCUUCAGCUUCUACCGCCUUGGACUGCUGAAGUUUUGCAUGUGCUUGAUUGGAGCCCUGUGCACCGUCCCUAUCAAUAUUGUGAUUGAAAAUGUUGCAGUGAUCUGGGGAUGUUUUGGCAAAAAACAUCGCUUUUAUGUUGUGAACAAAGAUGUUAAAUCUACUAUAACAGUAUAAAUACUUAAUUUAUUGAUUCAGAAAUCAUCAACUGUACAACAUACUUGUAUCUUUUCACAUAAAUUAUAAAAUCAUUUUAUUCCUUUCAGUAUUUCCAAAAUAAAGCUUUUUAC